CAACCAAACACCGCUCCAAUUUUGCCUUAGAUCCAACCCGUAAAUUCCAUUUUCCAUUCCCCCGUCCAACCUCGCCGGCGACGCCGUCUGUAUCCUCUUCUCUCAGCCACCACUCCGGCAAGUGAAAAGCGGAGAUGAAAGCAACACGUGGCUGCAGAUUCUCCUUCCACGUCACCGUCGUCGCUGCGGCAAUUGCUUACAUUUACUUCUCCACUGUAUUUGUAUUCAUUGAUCAGUGGUUGGGACUUUGGUCGUCUCCCGGUAUGCUUAACGCCGUCCUGUUUUCCGUCGUUGCUCUCUUCUGCAUUUUGAGUUACGCACUUGCAAUCUACACUGAUCCCGGUCGGGUUCCUAGCUCCUUCGUGCCCGAUGUCGAAGACCCGGAGAAUACGGUUCAAGAGAUCAAGCGAAAGGGUGGGGAUAUGAGAUACUGCCAGAAGUGUUCCCUUUAUAAGCCUCCACGUGCCCAUCAUUGUCGUGUAUGUAAUAGAUGUGUACUGCGAAUGGAUCAUCAUUGUGUGUGGAUGAAUAAUUGUGUGGGCCAUGCAAACUACAAGAUCUUCUUCAUCUUCGUUUUAUAUGCCGUUAUUGCUUGCAUAUAUUCCCUGGUUCUGCUUGUUGGUAGCAUAACUACUGAUUCUCCAAAGGACAACCAGCAAAUUGAAGGUUCUUACAGAACAGUAUAUAUUCUUUCAGGGCUUCUACUGGUGCCACUAAGUUUGGCACUAGGGGUUUUUCUGGGUUGGCAUGUGCACCUGAUUUUGCAAAACAAGACAACCAUUGAGUACCAAGAAGGUGUCAGAGCUAUGUGGCUGGCUGAAAAGGGAGGUCAUGUACAUUCACAUCCAUAUGAUCUUGGUGCAUAUGAGAAUUUGAUAUCAGUUCUAGGCCCAAAUGUAUGUUGCUGGGCGUGCCCCACAACAAGACAUAUAGGUUCUGGCCUUCGCUAUCGGACACCAUUUGAGGGCUCCUCGACAUCAAGAUCGUGAACAUGUUACUGAAACAUCCAAGAUGUCAAUGUUUUAGUUGCCAAAGAAGCAGAGGAAGCCUGGUUCUGCCUUUGGAGUAGCAAGAUUAACAGUGUCGUCUGCUCGCCAUCAGCCAAGAUUAACAACAUGGAGGUGAUUUUUUUGUUUUCUGUCAUUUCAGAGAUCUCCAGUCCUCCAUAUGCUGAGACACUAUCAA